AACCUAUGUAACACACUACAGGGAAGGUGAAUCUCCAAAAAAGCAUAAUAGGGCCCUUUAAAGUAUUUUUACCCAUUUUUCUUUCCAUGUCAUGCUUUUACGUGGGCGUCUGUGGCUCAGGGGGUUGAUGGUCAUCCUCCAACCGUAGGUCAGCGGACCCCAGCCCCUGCAGUCAACAUUUUGAUGUGUCCUCGGGAUUUGGUAGACUGGCGGAAGCCCCUGGCAUGGCAGGUGGGCCACCUGGGAGAGAAAUACGAUGCGUGGGUCCACCAGCCAGUCGACAGACCCAUCAGACUGUUUGGAAACCCCUUACUGGAGGCCGGCACCAAGACCUCAUGGUAUUGGGUUCCAGUGGUGUGGCUUCCUAUUGUGUUUUAUUACAGUUGGUACUGCUACACCACGCUGGCAAAGGGCACCACCAGGCUAGAACUCACUUCAGACUUUUCUAUCCCGAUCCAUAAGUACUUGUUCCCCCUGCUCUUUCUGAUGGGCUGGUUCUUGUGGUCGUUCAUCGAGUACUGCAUCCAUCGCUUCGUCUUCCACAUGAAACCCCCGGCCCAUAACUACUACCUCAUCACGAUACACUUCCUCCUGCACGGACAGCACCACAAGUCUCCGUUCGACGGCGCUCGGCUGGUCUUCCCCCCCGGCCUGGCCUCCUUAGUGGUGGGAAGCUUCUAUCUAAUCCUCCUCAGCACGCUCCCGCAGAUCCUGGGGACCUCCGUGUUUGUAGGAGGACUGUGCGGCUACGUGGUGUACGAUAUGAUCCACUACUACCUUCACUACGGGUCGCCAAAGAAGGGCUCCUAUAUGUACGGCCUGAAGGCCUACCACGUCAAACACCACUUUGAGCACCAGAAAGCAGGUUUUGGAAUCACCUCCACAUUCUGGGACCACCCGUUCAACACAUUGAUUCCCGAUGAGAAAUUCUAACAGAGAAAGGGCUCUCCUGAAGGGCCACAGGACUUAGCACCCAGCCCCCAUGCUACAUUCAGCCUUAUUCCAAUCUCUGCACCCAUACUUUUCAGAACCAAGGAGGAAGUUCUUCUUCUGAGGACUCCUGCGUCUCCACAACUACUCCACAGAUCCAUUCUGUAUCACAUAUCAUCCUGCUUUUUGUUUCCAUUUUGCUACACCUUUGUGAAGACCAGUCUGCAAUCUUUCUGCACAGUUAUCAUUCCUUUCUGUGCCAUUUAUUGUAUAACCCAAACAACAUCUACUACGGCUGUGCUCUUCUCCACAGAGCCAUUCACAAUUAUGUACAGCUAGGUGUUAUACCAUGGAUAAAAAGGGAGGAACACACGAAAAAUCAAAAGACACACGUCGGUGUGCUUCUAUGUAAUUUCAUUGCAUUUUCAUUCAUGUUUAGGGAAUUACAUCCUGUAAUGCUUUAGAAAACACUGAAGAAACUAAACAAAUAUUCACAACACACUCUUCCUGGUUCCUAAAAAAUAUCGCUAACAGCAUAACACAAAUUUAAUGCGGACCCAUUUGUGGGAAAAUGUUCACACACACAAAGCGCACACACACGUCCCUCAGAGGAGGACAGAGGGAAAAGUGAUAGAUGGUUGGUGAAUUUGGAAGACAGAGAAGGGAAAUGGUGUGACAAUAAAUGUGUGUAGGGACUAAAUGACUGGUGAACUUACAUUGCAAUCCUUCCUCCCCACUAUCUGCAGCCUAAAAAUACUCCUCUACAUUAUGUUCUGUCUGCCAUUAAGCUACAAAGCCUCGCUGCUAUUACUCUGUUAGACUGCAGGUUUGAAACAGUCAACAUAAGCUCCUCCCAACAUGCUUUUCCUCAAUGUUGUUUUUGGUUUCAGAUUUCAUUUGGCAGUUUAGACUUAAUUUAUUAACUAUAACCAAAGCUGCAGAAGUGAAAUGCUAUUGUAGGGCACUCAUGCAAUGCACCGUUAAUGUAAAGCAGAGUCUUGAGUUUUGUUUACGCAAAUGAAAAGUGCGCUUAUAAAUAAAAUAUAUUAUUAUUAUAUCUGAAACCACUGUGGAGAUAUAUUUUUGCAAGUCCUUUGUAAUAUUCCCUCCGUUUCCUUUCUGUUUUGUCAUUAUUGAUUACACAACAAUGUUAAAAAAAAUACUUGCUUUGUACAGAAUUGCACCAGCUUUACGUAGUCAGAGGAUGUUAAAAUGUGUCAGAGGGGCAGAGAGGCAUGAGGCCAGCCUGUUGGACCUCCUGCUGUGGGGAUCUCGGGGUCAAAGGUCACCGUGUUAGCUAGGUGACAAAGGUGGAUUUAUUUUUUAAAUGUCAACAAGCAGAACUUGGGUCUUUUUAAGGUUAUUUUUAGUCUCCACCUUCAGGUCUCACUCCAUCCCUUUAAAGCCCCUUCGUUAGCUGCCUUGCAGACCCCCGCAGGAUGACGAUGGAUGAACAUCUGACUGGACAGCAGGAGGUCUUACAGUCACUGGCGGAUCCUCAUAAUGUCUCUUCUAAACACUCGACAACAUCACUGAUAAUUAAAGCAGAACAAACGUGAUUAAAAACAUUUACAUACAUGCAGUAAAAAUAUAUAACUGCAGAAAAUCAUUUUAAUCUACUUUUCUAGUGUGAAGAAAGGGUCAGAUUUAAAUAAUAUAUAUGUAUAUGUACACAUGUAAAAUAAAAUGCUGAAUCUAUUUCAAAGAGUUUUGAACAGUAAAAUAAUUCCUUAUUGCAAAGCUUAUUUUUCUUAAAUUCAGAGCAGCAAUAAUAAUUAUGGCUUUAUGUAAAGAGGGCUACGGAAGAGGAUUAAGGCAAUAUCAAUUGAGACAAAAUAAUAUAUAUAUUAUAUUAUUAAUUUUAAUAUAAUAUUUCUUAAUACAAAUCUCAGAAUUCUGACCUUUUACUCAGAAUUUUUUUUUCAUUUUUGGUCAGAUCUCAGAAAUAAUUUCACAUGUAUCUGUAGAUGGCUGUGUCCUUUUAUCUGCAGCAUGCAUAUCGGGUUAUUCAAAACCAUAACUCUCUGUCUUAAUUUGCGCACAGAUGAUAUUGAAUGUUUAAGGUAUCAUGGAGUAGGAAUUCUGUCUUUUAUAUAAUAACAAUAUAUGACAAAAAUGUUUAAAAAAGAACCAAAAUGAUUGUUCCUGUUGGUAAAGAAUGAUGAAUAAUAAUAAUGAGGAUGAUGAGUGUGAUGAAGCAUACUGAUUGUGACGACUGCUCGGCGAAGUGAAACCAUUACACCUGUUGUGCGCACGGAUCUUAUUUAUGUAUAUUUAUGAUACAGAUGAAAAGACAACAGCACAAACUUUGCCUAUGCUAAGUUAUGCGGCGUAAAAUAAUAUUUUCUAAAUCUGUUUACUUUAAUAUCUUCUAUUUUGGAAUUUUAAAUGUCAAUACAAAUGCAAACGUAUUUGUAAAUAAAUGUCUGUAUAUUUCUGAUGU